AAUUAAAGUUUCCGUACGUUACAAAAAAUCUAGAAAACUUCUUGAACGAGAAUUGGUCGGACAACGAAAUGAAAGAAAAUAUACAAAUGUUGCGUGAACAAGCAAUGAAAGAUGUGAACGAAGGAUUAGUUGGCGCUAAUUUAAUUCCUGAAGAAACAAGCACCAACGUAGAUGAAGUAAAAAAAUCAGUAAUUCAAAACAUUAAAUGGCAAAUGUCAUUCGACAGAAAAAUUAGUGCUCUUAAGUCGUUUCAAGGAUACAUUUGGAAAUCAGGAUUUAUUUCUGGCGAAUUGAAAUCAAUAGUUUAUGAUGACGUGAUUGAAGCAAUGAAUCAAUGGAAAGAUUUCGGAAUAAAAAUGUAUAUUUAUUCAUCGGGAAGUGUAGCUGCUCAAAAAUUAUUGUUUGGGCAUUCGAAUAAAGGAAAUUUGUUAGAGUAUUUUUCAGGUUAUUUUGAUACAACAAUUGGUUCUAAACUUGAAAAAAAUAGUUAUUUAAACAUCGCUAAACAUAUUGGAGUAGAACCGAAAGAUAUUGUAUUUUUGAGCGAUAACUUUAAAGAAAUUAAUGCAGCAAAAGAUGCAGGAUUUCAAACAGCAAUCGUUGAACGUCCAAACAAUGCACCUUUGUCUGAUGAUGAUCGAAAUAAUAAUGUGUGUGGUAUAGCAUUGAAGCAUCUACGAAAAUACCAUUGUUCUGAUGAUAAACUUGGAAAUUUGCCGAGUCCUAUUAUCGAAAAGCCAAAUAGUCUCAAUGUUAAGAAAAUUCUUGCACUGGAAAUUAUUUUAUAUUGCGCUGAAAGUGAUCCUGACGUGCUUACGAAUUUAGGAAUAGUUCAGCUUCUUACAUUACUUAGACAUAGGAGUGAUAAUGAACAAUUAGUGAAAUUAAGAAUUUUGUAUGGUGUUUUACUUCUGGAAGAUGACUCUUUAAUUGAUUAUUUUUUGGAUCCAUUAAUCGAAAGAAUUUGUAUUGAAAGAGAGAGAGCGAGAGAUCCGAGAUUGAGACCCUCUUUUUACAAUACUCAAUCUAAAUUUGAUGAUAAUUAUGAUAAUAUCGACACAUCAUGGCGAGUGAACAAUACUAUGACACCGUUUUUCGUUGAUACACAAAUAAGUAAACCAAAGCCUUAUUAUAAACGAGAUAAUCAAGAGGGAUUCGUUCGAGCAGCAGUAAAAUUACGCGAACUUCCUGAUAUUGAAAUUAAAC